CUGUGAGAUCAGUGAUCAGUGUUGUUCACUUCACCCAUCUAUGGUUUUAAUGCUGUGUCUACUUGAGAUAUUGAUACAUUCAGAUAAACUAUAAAUUAAUCACAAACACAGUUAAAAUCAGAACAUCUAAGGGCGGACAGAUGAGGAGUGCAGCAUCUGAAAAACUGGAGUGCAUGAUGGGAACAUCACAGGUGAUGAGUUUUGUGACAGUCCAGUCUGUGAACAUCAUGUUACUGAGUCUCCUCUUUAUUCCAAAGCCUUCGACUGCUUGUCCUGAGUAUUCAGACCUCUUCAUCACUGCACCAACAGACAUGGAAGCUCUGAGUGGAUCAUGUUUACAAAUCCCAUGUAACUUUAGUGCUGCUGGACCAGUAAAGUUUGACAGCAGAAGAGCUGUCUUCGGAGUGUGGAUUAAAAAUCAGUCCAAUGUUAUUAAAUUUCCAAAAAAUGAGAUCUUCAACAGCAGUGAGACAAUUAACACCUAUCCAAUGAAUAUUACAGGAAACCUGAAGGAGAAAAACUGCACCACUCUGUUUUUCAAUUUAACCACAACUUAUACAAACACAUACUACUUCAGAAUUAUGAACUGGCCGUACAGAGCAACAGCUGCUUGUGAUCCUCUUAAAAUAACAAUUAAAGAUUCUCCUUGGAGGCCCAAUAUUACAGUCGAAGGUGAUCUGAAGGAGAAGGAGUCUGUCACUAUAACCUGCUCAGCUCUCACUCCCUGUCCACACUCCCCUCCUCAACUCACCUGGAAUCUCCAACAAGACUCUCACAACAAAACAGAGGAAAACACAGAUGGAAGCUUUACAACUAAAAUCCAGCAGACCAUCACUCUGUCAGACACACAUGAUGGAAAGAAGAUCAGCUGCUCUGCCAGAUAUCCUGUGAACCAAGGAAAGGACACCAAGACAGCAGAGACAGAAGAGACUCUCAGUGUUUCAUAUGUUCCUAAA